CGAGCACUAUCCACACGAUGCGCUUCAGAGCAGGAAGCCUACUUCUCCCGGCUGUGCUUUUACAGUAAGAGUGAGAAGUACGAGACGCGAAGAGACGAUCGGACCUUCUGUUCAUCAUGAUGCCAGGAAAGAGAAGACGUUACGUGGUGUUGUUCCAAACCAAAUACUUUAUGCUUGGAAAACGCAUGUGAAUGAAUCGGAAGGGUUUUGUCAGUUGGAAUUACACUAAGGUCUUUAUGGUUGGAUCUUGGGUUCCGCUAGCCUUUGUUUACUAAAUCAGAGAGUCUGGCAGUCAGGUCAUGUUAAUCGGAGAAGAGUGUCCGUCGUUGCUUAGAUGGUGAUUAGAUAGGGACUCAAACUGCUCACGGACCGGUGGUGGUGACAUAACCCCGCAACUGUGCCACCAUGGAUCUACUUGAGUGCCCAAUAUGCCUGUUCCUCAUGUGUGAACCGGCCACCAUGUCCUGUGGUCACACGUUCUGCCGGAGUUGCCUGGGGAACUACUUGUCAUCCGGGUGUCCAGCCUGCAAGGAAAUAUUUAAACAGAGAGACGCCAAAAACAUCAAGAACAACAUCCUACUAUUCAGUGUCAUUGAGAAGUGCUGCCCAGAAGAGACGAGGAUAAAGUGUCAUAUUCUGGAGAAACUCAAAACCAGCGAGUUCACAGAAGCUUUACGCAUCGCGAAUGAAGGGAUACGACUAGCUCCUUGUGAUGUGAGUCUGAAGGUGUGGAGAGCGGAAGCCAAUAUGGGACUGAGACUUUUCUCUGAUGCCCUGAGGGACCUGGAAGACCUCUCCUGUGUUCACCCCAACUGGACAGAGGGUUUCUUUCGUAAAGGGAACGUGUUACUGGAGAUGGGUCGUCAGUCUGAAGCCCUGAUCCAGUUUCACCGCUGUCUCAAGCUACAGGCCGACUUCACUCCUGCCAAGAGCCAGAUUAAAAAGAUCCUGGAGACGGAGGGCAUGUCAGUGCCUGAGGAGGUGCCCCAGAUCCUCCAGGUGGUCUCGGAGUACCUCAGAGGCCACUGCCCCCCCAUCACAAUCCUGUUCCCUGAGAGCCACACACACAGCCACACACACUGCCUCAACAAAAGCCUCCGAUACCCUCAGGUGGAGGGGGCAGACGGGGACAAUGGAGGAGACUUGGAGACAGGGCCAAAGGUGAAACAUGGGACCAGUACUGAGUGCUGUCUCAGUCUCUGUCAGGCCGUGUCCUUCCUCCCUACAGCGGAGGAUGAUGAGAUGAUGAGGAGGAGGGAGGAGAGGCACAGCAGGGGAGGCUGCCGUCUGGACAGAAGAGAAUCUCUGAGUGUCCUCACUGUGUCUGACUUUGAAUGUCCCCUCUGUAUCAGGCUGUUCUAUGAGCCAGUGACCACUCCCUGUGGACACACCUUCUGUAGGACCUGCCUCGAGAGAAGCUUAGACCACAACCUCCGCUGCCCCCUCUGCAAACAGCCACUACAGGAGUACUUUAAGAACAGGAAGUACAACCCCACGGUGCUGCUGCAUGAGAUCAUGUCUCACCUCUUCCCCCUGCAGCUGGAUGAGAGGAAGCAGGUCCACGAGGCUGAGAUGGCCGAACUAUCCAAUCUAACUAAGGACAUCCCAAUCUUUGUGUGUACGGUGGCAUACCCGGGCGUGCCCUGUCCUCUCCACAUCUUCGAGCCUCGUUACCGCCUCAUGAUGAGACGAUGCAUGGAGACUGGCACCAGGAAGUUUGGCAUGUGCAGCUACGAACAUGGAAAAGGAUUUGCAGACUACGGCUGUAUGCUGGAGAUUCAUAGCUUAGAGGUGUUGCCUGACGGUCGCUCCUAUGUGGACUGUGUGGGAGGAAGUCGCUUCAGGGUCCUGAAGAGAGGACAGAGAGAUGGAUACCACACCGCUGAUAUAGAGUACAUGGAGGACCACAAGGCUGAGGGGUCAGAGUUGGAGUUAUUGCAGAGCCUCCAUGACAGUGUGUAUGAGCAGGCCCAGGACUGGUACACACUCCUCAACACACAGCUCAGAGAACAGAUCAGCAGACAGUAUGGAACCAUGCCUGACAAGGAUAACAACAUACAGGCCUCCAACAAUGGUCCAGCGUGGUGUUGGUGGUUGUUGUCAGUUCUCCAGCUGGAUCCUGCCUACCAGACGACCGUCCUGUCCCUGCCCUCCCUCAACGACCGCCUGGGACACCUGCGCAUGGUUCUGGGGUACUCCUCCCAGAGCUAGAGAAGAGGAGGAGAUAAAGGGAUACAGCUUUACUGGGCUUUCUGCCGCUUAUCCAGUACCCUACACAGAGGAGAGGAUCAGCUCUACAGACUGGAUAAUGUGAAACAUCACACACACACCCACUAAUAUAUCACUCACACACAGAUCCCACAUACACUACCUGUCAGGCCCACUCCCCACCCCUGUAUCUUCAGCAAGAUGUUACUGGGUUUAGAGCCUGUCGCCAUGGAGAUCAUAUGUCCUAGCUUGAACCCAUUUUACCUGGCCAAGAGCAGAAAGAGAUUGUUUUAUCACUUACAUGAAUAAUGUGUUUGUUCGUAGAUGCAUCAUAGGUAAAAAUCAGAUUGAAUCAAAGGUGCUUUUUGGGUGAAACUAGCUUGAAAUACUUGAAACUAUACUGUUUCUUGUUUGUGUCCAGCUCGCUAAUAAUCACUCAAAUUAAAGAUAGACGGUCACUAACGAUGGAUAUAUUGGACUAUCUCUUGUAAAUUUUGACGGCAAAGAAAUUGAACACAUUUUCAUUGCGGCCUUCCGGACCUCGUUGAAGACCGAAUGCAGCACCCGGGACAAAAUAAGUGUGACACCCCUGCAGUAUAAGGUUCAACUCAAACUGUUCUGAUUCUUGCCAAGGGAUGUAAACCUGGUGGUAAUGUCUCAGAUAACCACUAGGUGUCCCUGUUCUCACUACUGUUUCCCUUAUCAGCCAAGCAUAAAGAACACUGCCAUGGCAACUGACCCUCAUGCAUGACAUAACCAGCCAUCUCAGAAUCAGAUCUGAUUCCUAUGGCUGUAAAGUGCUUGAAGAAAAGCCAUUUAAAAAAAGUGUCACAGAUCGCUCUGCCUUGCAGAGCUGAAAACUUGAUUUCCUGGGUAACGCACAAUAUGCUAUUUAUAAGGCUUGGGUUAAAGUUAUAUAUAGUUUAUAAUAAUCAUAUUGUAUUUUUGGGGGGUUCUUAAAACCUUGGGAAGCUACUAUAUUGUGACAAACACAGUCAGCAGCCAUUUUGAGUGACUAGCGCGACAGUAUAAUUACUAUUGCAGUUACUGUAUCUUCACUGCCUUGUUACCAAUAUUGAGUAGGAUGUAAUAUUAGUGUGUUAUUGCAGUAAUGAUCUAUUAUGAAACAUUGAAACUUAAAAAGGCGCCGCCUGGGUGAAAAUAAUAAUAUUUCAGAGUAAUGUGAAUUAAAGCUGCUGAAGCCUGA